AUGAGAGCUUUUACUUCAUCUCUUAUGGUUGACAUCAUUGUCUUCUUAUUGGCAAACCUUUCAGUUUCGCAAGGCUUCACUCCAGUUUCCACCUCCAUUAUUGUCAGCUCUGGCCCCACAACAUCGCGGGCUGUCUCGCUAUCAGCUCUGCCUCUCCCCAUUACAACCGAUACACUGGGAGUCCUUGGUGGAUUCUCGCUGUUAACGUCCUACCACAUCUUGUUGUAUCGGAAAGAACAAGCUGGGAAACGCACGUGGCGAAGCGCCCAAGCCGACACCCGCGAACAAUGGGCCAAAUACGUGCGCUCCAACCAACAGUGGCUGUACGCCAUUCAAACCUUGCGCAAUGCCAUUACCGCCCAAACAUUUCUCGCCACCACCGUCUUGUCCCUCCUCACUGUCAUUUCGGGUCGUCUCUGGGACAUGAUCCGGAGCAUACCGACACAUACCGUUAGCAGACGAAUCAGUGUCGCUCAAUUCACUCUGGUAGCCGCCAGCAUGUUGGCGUCGGGGUAUCAAUUUCUACAAUCCGCCCGAUUAAUGACUCAUGCCGGAUUCAUGUUUCCCGUGUCCGCCAACACCACCCGAGUCGAUCGGAUCAUGCGCAAAUCGCAAAACUCACAAUGGGCCGGGUUGCGAUGUCUGUACUUGUCGGCCGGAUUUCUGGCAUGGAUUGUGGGUGGACCCAACGUCUUUUUCAUGGCGGCAGGAUUCUUGACGGCCUUUUUUCGCAAGAUUGAUCGAGUGCCAGAAGAAAUCAAAGACGAUCCAUCUGCACUAUGA